AUGGCGUACAACAACCAAUACGGAGAUCCUCAUACAGGUUACGACAACGACCGUAGGCACGAUGAGGACGAGGUCGCCCGCUCGCUGCUGCACGAGAAUCCCACGGGCACCCAGGACCCCUUCUAUGGCAACCCAGAGGUCCGCCCCCAUUCUACUUACAGCUUGACCGAGACAUACGCAACCGAGCGGCCUACGCAAUAUCCUAGCGAGGCCCAUGCUGGCUCCGACAACUACUCGGCCACGGGGGGCUAUGACCCGGCCGCUGAUUUUGGGGCUCCCCAGCGCGCCGCCUCGCCCUACCAGCGCAGCGAGACCAGCUCGACCGAGGCAUGGCGACAGCGACAACAGCCAGGAGGCGCGGCCGCGGCCGCUGGCGGUCUCAAGCGUGGUAUGACCCGUAAGGUCAAGCUCGUCCAGGGCUCCGUCCUCAGUGCCGACUACCCCGUGCCCUCUGCCAUCCAGAACGCGAUCCAGGCAAAGUACCGCAAUGACCUCGAGAGUGGUAGUGAGGAGUUUACACACAUGCGAUACACGGCGGCCACGUGCGACCCCAACGACUUCACGCUGAAGAAUGGCUACAAUCUGCGCCCUGCCAUGUACAACCGCCACACCGAGUUGCUCAUCGCCGUUACCUACUACAAUGAAGACAAGGUGCUCACCGCUCGCACCCUGCACGGUGUCAUGCAAAACAUCCGCGACAUUGUCAACUUGAAAAAGUCUGAGUUCUGGAACAAGGGUGGCCCGGCCUGGCAGAAGAUUGUCGUGUGCCUUGUGUUUGACGGUAUCGACCCCUGUGACAAGGGCACGCUUGAUUUGCUCGCCACGAUCGGUAUUUACCAGGACGGUGUCAUGAAGAAGGACAUUGACGGCGUCGAAACCGUGGCUCACAUUUUCGAGUACACGACCCAACUGUCCGUCACUCCCAAUCAGCAGCUCAUUCGCCCGCACGACGAUAGCGCUAGCACGCUUCCUCCAGUGCAGAUGAUGUUCUGCCUGAAGCAGAAGAAUACAAAGAAGAUCAACUCGCACAGAUGGCUGUUCACCGCUAUUGGCCGCAUUCUGAACCCAGAAGUGUGUAUCUUGCUCGAUGCCGGAACCAAGCCUGGCCCCAAGUCACUUCUCGCGCUCUGGGAAGGGUUUUACAACGACAAAGAUUUGGGCGGCGCAUGUGGUGAGAUUCAUGCUAUGCUCGGUAAAGGCUGGAAAAAUCUCCUGAAUCCGCUCGUUGCUUCACAAAAUUUCGAGUACAAAAUCAGUAACAUUCUCGACAAGCCCCUGGAGUCCUCCUUCGGAUAUGUCUCGGUGUUGCCCGGUGCUUUCUCUGCCUAUCGUUACCGCGCAAUCAUGGGCAGACCUCUCGAGCAGUACUUCCAUGGUGACCACACAUUGGCGAAAAUCCUUGGAAAGAAGGGUAUUGAGGGCAUGAAUAUUUUCAAGAAGAACAUGUUCUUGGCCGAAGAUCGUAUUCUCUGUUUCGAAUUGGUUGCCAAGGCUGGUUCCAAGUGGCAUCUCACCUACAUCAAGGCCUCCAAGGGUGAGACCGAUGUGCCUGAAGGUGCUGCAGAAUUUAUUGGUCAGCGUCGUCGCUGGCUCAAUGGUUCCUUUGCAGCCGGUAUUUACUCGCUCCUCCACUUCGGUCGCAUGUACAAGAGUGGGCACAACUUCGUUCGCAUGUUCUUCUUGCACAUUCAGAUGAUCUACAACAUCUGUAACACUAUCAUGGCUUGGUUCUCUCUGGCAUCCUUCUGGCUUACUACCGUGGUUAUCAUGUCUCUCGUCGGUACCAAGACUGAUACUCGCGAUGCCUGGCCCUUUGGAAACGAUGUUACUCCCAUCAUGAACACCGUCAUCAGCUACAUCUAUCUCGCCUUCCUCGGUCUCCAAUUCAUUUUGGCCUUUGGUAAUCGACCAAAGGGUUCCAAGUGGUCGUACAUCAUAUCCUUCUGCGUCUUCGCUUUGAUCCAGCUCUACAUCGUCAUCCUUUCAAUUUACCUCGUGGUCCAGGCGUUCACGAGUCCUUCCAGUCAGAAGCUCGAUACAUCAUCAGCCAAUGCUUUUGCGUCAUCGUUCUUCUCCUCCGACGGUGUAGGCAUCAUCAUCAUUGCGAUUGCAGCUACCUUUGGUCUCUACUACGUCGCUUCAUUCCUGUACAUGGAUCCGUGGCACAUGUUCACGUCGUUCCCUCAGUACCUCCUGGUCAUGUCGGCUUACGUCAACAUUCUCAACGUCUAUGCCUUCUCCAACUGGCACGAUGUAUCUUGGGGUACAAAGGGUUCCGACAAGGCCGAUGCGCUUCCCUCGGCGAAGACAGAGAAGGCAUCAGAUGGAAAGCAUACUGUCAUCGAGGAACCAGAUCUACCUCAGGCCGAUAUUGACAGCCAAUUCGAGGCCACCGUCAAGCGCGCUCUUGCUCCCUACGUUCCCCCGGCUGAGAAGGACGAGAAGACUCUUGAGGAUUCUUACAAGUCUUUCCGUACCCACUUGUGCACAGCUUGGAUUGGUUCAAACGCUCUGCUCGCUGUUGUCAUUACUCAGGAAAACUUUGAUCGCUUCGGUUUCUCGUCAACCGCCUCCAGCCGAACCAUGCAUUUCUUCCAAGCCCUUCUCUGGGCCACGGCAGCCCUCGCGCUUGUCCGUUUCAUCGGUUGCGUGUGGUUCCUCGGACGCACUGGUCUCUUCUUCUGCGUCAGGAGGCGCUAA